UCCCCUUCUUCUUCUUCAUCUCCAUUUUCUCUCUUUCUCUGUCUAGAAUAUCAUGAGAAUGAGUUGCAAUGGCUGCAGAGUCCUUCGCAAAGGUUGCAGUGGUGACUGCACUCUCAGGCCUUGCCUUCAAUGGAUCAAAUCCCCUGAAUCCCAAGCCAACGCUACUCUCUUCCUUGCCAAAUUCUACGGCCGCGCCGGACUUAUUAAUCUCAUCAAUUCCAGCCCUGAUAAUCUCCGCCCAGCGGUUUUUAGGUCUCUGUUGUAUGAAGCCUGUGGGAGGAUCAUCAAUCCGAUAUAUGGAUCGGUGGGAUUGAUGUGGUCGGGAAAUUGGCAGCAGUGCCAGGCGGCGGUGGAGGCGGUGCUUAAAGGUGCUCCGCUCAUGCAAGUUUCUAAUACUGAAGGGACCAGUGCUACACAGGCACGGUCCAUCAUGCCUCUUCAGGGCGGUGACAUCCGCCACCUCUCAAAGAACUCCGCCGCCGAAGCCAUCAAUAGCAUCAGGACCCGCAAACGCUCCGCCCUGCAAAUGAAGAAUCCCCUGCACGCGGUGGCCGCCGCCGCCGAGUUGAUGAAUGAGUCAGAAGAGAAAUUUACCAUCACGGGAUGGGAUUGCGCUGAAGAUUACAAAGCUUUUGAGGAUCAGUUGACGAGAGCCCCUAGUCACGACUCCUACUCCGUUGAAACAGUGGAACCCUCGUUGCUGAACCAGGGUACGGGCUUUAAACCGGAGCCCGCUCACAAUGAAAACGAUGAUAUUGGAUUGGAGUUGACUCUGGGGUUCAAUCCGGUGCUCCGCAAUCAUCUGUCCACAGUGAUAGAGCUCUCUGAUAGUGAAGUCUGAUAAGAAAAAAUCACAGUUUUGGCAACUUUAGAGAAGUCUACUCUUUAGGGUAUAAUGUCCUUUUCCAUUUUUUUUCUUAAUGGUUUAGAGCUUACUUUCAGAUCUUCCAUUUCAGUAUUUCUUUUUCUUUUAUUGAAAUAGAGAAGUAAUAUUUUGUA